CCUUCCCCCGCUUCAUUGGAGGGCGCGCAAUGUUAUUACACCCCUGCGAUUUUGCACAGGCUUUGGUGAAAAAUUCCAAAUGUUGGUAAAAUUAUGCUAAAAAAAAUAGCACAAUUGUAUGCAUAUGUAUAUCUGUUUAUGUGCAGGAGGUACGGCCGAUCUCCCGCGCGCACAUUAAAGUGCCACUUACAGGGAGAUUACCCUACUUACCUUCGUACCGCUUAAAAAUGGCAUUUUAGGGGAACUGCAAAUUGCGCGAAGAAGCAGUAGUUUUCGCAUUUGGCUUUGACCGACCCAUCCUCGUAAAAAUGUCACCAUGAUUUUUACGAGAGUAUUCUUGCUUCCGGUAUUCUUGGUGUGCAGCGUAUCUACCUUUGUCAAGCACAACCUUGCCGAUAGCAACUAUAUAUACACGAAGACAGACCGGUUCAGGAAGAAAAGGAAAAAAAUAAACUACAGGCUGCGUAAGAGCAAAGAUGAAGACAUCGAGAGCUACAUUCCGCACAUAUACAAGGAUAUAGCGCCCUCCCUGAAGGGUCUAGCGGAUGAGGAAUACUCAUACAAACAACUGCUGAAUGCGUACUUCCCCGAAACGGUCGAAAGGGAAAUAGCAAAAAAAAAGGAAAAGGAAUUAAAACAAAAGAAUGAAGAAAAGGGGACAUGUAAAAGUGGUGCGGAGGAGAAAGUCGUGAAGGAUGAAGAAAAGGACAUGGAAGAAAAGCUAAAACAAAUUGACAUAACAAAUUUUGAACAUAUAAAUAAAAUAAGUGAUUACAAGAAAAAAAAUAAAAUUUUGGAUAUCGCAUAUGAUAGUAUGGAAGAUUCUUUGAAAGAUAUUUACAUGCGCAUGAAGUCAGGUGUGAGCGACGAGGAAGAAGAAGAAAAAAAGGAUUACCUAGAAAUUGCAAAAAAGGAAAAGGACAUGUUGUACGAAAAACUCAUAUGUGGGUAUUCCCCCCUGAAUAAUAGCAGCACGUUCGAUUUGUUCGGCGUUUUCUACGAUAGUAAGGACUAUGAGGACGGAAAAAAACUGUUGGCAGAGAUGAACAAAAUGUUAAAUUUGGAGCCCCUUAAAAGCAACAGCGGGAACAUAUUACAAACGGUUGACACGCUUUUAAAGAAGAACAAUCUGCCCCCGCAUAUAAGAAAUUUUUUGGUCAAGUAUAGACACAUUGCUGAAAAGGUUUCCCGCACAAAGGAAGGCGGAAACGGUUCACUAGGAGGUGAGAACGCCCAGGGUAUGCAUACCCCAGAGGGGGAAAGCAAAAAUGAGGAGCUUGCCGAAUUGGACGAUUCGAAAAUGGCAGCCGAGGCGGCGGAGGGAAUAACAAAAGAAGACUACCUCAAGGACGUUAACAAAGUUCUUAUGACCUUGCACAACAAUUUGAAUAAGGAAAAAUUAAUGAGAAGGGACCAAUAUUUUGUGGACGAGCUGUACGACGCUUAUAAAAAGCACCUGCGGACUAUGCACGUGAAGCGAAACAGGCUGGAACCGCAAAAAAACAACUACGACUUCUUAACUUUCUUCCAUGAACAUUAUGAAGAGUACUAUUUUUUUAAGUACGGAAAUUUGGACUACGAUUUUGAGGAAAGUGUGCAAAAAGUUAAGAGCAAGAUGGAAAGUGAAAAAGGCUUCACUAAGAGUGAAGACGCAGCUCAGUUGGGACAACAUGGGGGGAAAGGACCCCCUGUGGAGAAUGAACACGUCAGAGAUGAUAAACCGAGUAGUUUAGAUAUGUGGGUUAAAUCUGUGACGGACGGUACGAAGAGCAGUCACAACGAGGAGAAAGAAACAACAGCGGGAAGACGGAAAAAUCCAAUGGAGCAGUGUUCCAUCCUGAAAGGCAUAAAGCAAAAUAAAAAACUGAGAAAACAUAUACUUAUGGAUAUAAUUUCUAAUUACCAAAAAAGGAUGUACGAUAUUUAUAAACCAAAUAACAUAAUCACAAACGCAUACGGAUUUAAUAAUUAUAUAGACAAUGAAAAAUAUGAAAAAGAAAUAAACGCGACAUUUAACAAGUAUAGCAUAUUAAACUACGACAGUAAGGAAGACUUAAAUAAGGUUGAAAAAUUAUAUGUAGGAAAAUUAAUAUUUGGGAAGAUUUUUAAAAUCGAAAAAACGUAUGCAUAUGUUGACAUAAAUUACGCAUUUUAUGCGGAAUUACACGAAGAUCAAAUGCCCUACAAUAUUAAGAACAUAAAAGAUGUAUUUAAAGUGAAUGACAAAUUGGUAUUUGAAAUAUAUAAAAUGUACCCAGAGAGAAUUUUACUGACUUUGAAAAAUAUACAAAAGGUUAAUGACCUUAAUAAAAUUUUACAUUACAAAACGCAGGACGUCCCGUUCGAUGUGAAAGUUGUGACCAUUUUGAAAAAUGGAAUAAGCGUUUCGUAUAACGAUAUUUACGCAUUUAUUCACAUUUCUGCUUUGUCCAGUAAGUACAAGAUCAAAGUGGAAGAAAAUGAAAAAAUCCAGGAAUCGUUACUUAACCAAAAAAUUAAAGUCAUAUGUACAGAUAUUAGCAAAUUAAAUUUUUCCAAUUUAAUAUAUGAGCAAAAUGAGCAACUAAAAAAAUUGAAUAUUUACGAUAUUGUCCAGGUGGAAAUUAUACACAUUUCGAAAUACGGCCUGAUGGUAAAAUGCGACGAUAUAGUUGGACUUAUACACAUAUCUGAAAUUUCCAAAAAAAAAAUUGACGAUUUGAAUGAAGUUUUUAAAAUAGGGGACCAAUUAAAAGGCAUUUUAAUAAACAUAGACUAUGACAAUAAAAGAUUUUCCUUGUCUACCAAAAUUUUGGAAACGGACGGCCGAAAUUUUAUUGACCACAGGGCACAGAUAUAUGACAAUAUGCAGUACAUUUUGGAGGACAUUAAGAAGAGGAACACCUCCUUGCGAAUUAACGACUCCAAUAUUAAGAACCAGUUGCUUUCCCUCAUAGAUAUUUACAAAACGGACGACGGGGACUCGAAGCGCGAUGGUCAGGCAGAUAUCGCCCCCGUGGCCAGUGCGGAUGCCGACCGGGGUGAAGUAGACCAAGGAAAAACCGAUCGGGAGGAAACGGUCACCAAACAGGCGAAUGACCCGAAACAUGGUACAGACAAACAUACGGCAGAAACGGGCCACCAGGACCAACCAACCGAACCCACUCCAACGGAUCUACGCACUGAGAAUGAUCAAGUAGAACGUGCAGACGGGGAUAAGAGAGAAACGGAAAUGGACCUUUUUAGUGACGACCCCGAUGAAGAGGAAGAGGAGAAAAAGGAACUUACCAUCGACAUAAACAACCAGUUAGUUCCCUACCUGAUGUUGAAGCAGGAUGAGAUCGCCAAGGAAGAGGAGGAGGAAAGUGCCUUGGGAAAACCCAGAGAGAUAAUUUGGAACCUGGAGGAUGAAGAAUUUCUGAACUCCAACUCCCCAACGCAGAGUACCCAAUUUUUGGAAUACCAGUGGUCCUACUUAAAGGACAAGAAAUGGGUGAACUUCGCCUAUUACGUGAACAGAAUUAUGAAUUACUAUUUUAACAUUAACGAUGACUUCUUUACAUACAAGGAGAAGAACGUGGUGUACGAAAUCGAUUUUGUGAAAAGUGUAAGAAUCGACUUAGCCACAGGGCUUCAAAACAGGAUUAGAAAGAUCACCAAGUAG